AUGGUCGCCACGAUCCAGGAUUUGAACCCAUCCAUCAUUCAAAUGGCCAAAAAUCAGGUAAAAAAGGUGAAAUUCCUAUUAAACCUUGACUUUAACAAACAAAUUGAUGUCAGCAGUGGUAUUACAAUGAGCGCCCUUUUCUGUGAUUGAUAUUAUUUUUUCUGAUGACUCAGCCCAAACGUCUUUUACGGGUCUCUUUUUUCUCAAAACUUUAAGGUUAUUUUGUAACGAAAAUUGCUCAGGCUUUGAUAUCAAACAGGUCGUCGUGGCCAAAUCAGACCUCUAACCUCGGGCCCGAUGACUUGGGAGCUUCGGUAGGACAUUAAAUAUAUUAAAUUUGGAAUAUUUUGGUGCAACAAUGAGCAGAAAUUGAUUGCGAAAAGCCAGUGCACUUAAUUUUUAUUUUUCAACAAUUUUCCAAAAUCUGCACUGCUUUUCCCAAAUUUUCGAGCCCUUUAUGUCUAUAAUAUAUUUGUAUAUUAAACGUGCUAUUUUAGUCUCAGAAAGGAAGACGAGUCUCAUCUGUCGGCCAAGACUACUAUCCCCAUUCAUCGUUGGUUCGGAGAGCUCGAUUAAUACGUCGAUCCACCACCAAUCAGUACUGUGAACAUCUGAAGCAGCUGCAAAAGCAAGAUGACAAUCUCAUAAAACAGAUAUUUAUUAUCAAGUUGAAGCCCUUCAGCCAGAUCAAUGACUUUGACAAGAGUUUCUCGAAUGGGACCACUUAUGAAAUGGUCCCAACCAUCGACUUUUCAUAUCCUCCAAUAGGAAAUAAUGUUUCCAGAUUCCAGCCCGCCAUUUUUUAUCCAGACUUUAUGAAGUAUUCGAAUAUGAGAAGGGAAGACCUCGAGUCAUAUCCCGUAGUUCUGACCGAUGAAAAGGGAGAAAGGUAUAUUAAUUUUUUUGAUUGCUUGUAUUCGACACUAUUUUAGAACGUUUGCCUAUUGCUACAAAUUCAUUGGGAAGAGAAAACAUUCCACUUGUCGAGAGGCUCGGGAUGAAGGUAAUUUAUAGCCUCACCACUUUUGUAUGUUAUGAUGUCCAGAGAAAUGUGCGGGAAAGUAGGCAUGGCUCCGAGGAUGGUGCGAUAAUUUUCGUUUUCUUUGUCAAGAGUCACGAUUUCUUGGCUGGAGAGCUCCAAAAUUGAAAAAAAAAUAUGAAAAUAAAAUAAAAUAUUUACCUAACUAGGGAAGUGACUGACAAGUGAGCGCCAAGAAAUCGGCAAAAACUCAGGCACGUUUCUCUGAACAAUCUGUAGAAAUUUUUUGAAUCAUAAUUUCCUUUGGUUUACGUGAAUUGUCACCAUUUUUGCAAGUAAUUUUUAAAACUUUAUUGGAUAUUCCAGAGCGUUGUUCCGUCCUUGUUCUUAUCUCCCAUGUACCAAAUGAAUGUCUUUUUCAUCAAUUGGCUACAGACUUCGUCAACAAUUUACACAAAGACUCCAGUAAACUGUUCUCGAUGAGUAAAGAUCUUUUGGAACUGAGAAUGGCGGAUUCCAACGAAGCCAUUAAGAAGUCGAGAUAUGUUGUGGGUCGAGUCGAGAGUAGAUGGACCAAGAAUUUAUGUAGUCUUGUGGAGCAGAUCGGGGUCGAGAAUUGUGUCUUUGGAUUUCUCUGUCUACUCGCUGAGAAGCGGAUUUUGAUUACUGGGUCAAAUGUAAGCGGACUUUAAUCAUUACCGCAUAUUUAAUAAAAGGUUUCCGAUGUCUCACGAGCAGUCCAAUCCUUUGUGCGUCUGUUGGCCCCACUCGAAUGGCCUUACACUCUGGUCCCAGUGGUCCCCGACUCCCAAUCUGAACUUUGUUAUAAUCCAACACCUUAUAUUUGUGGAAUCAUGAGAUACAAUCUGAACAAACUACGGGAUUUAUUGUGUCCUUUGCCUGGCGAUACUGAGGUAAGUCCACUUUCAUCAUCUACAUCAUCUUUCAGGAUGAGAUUGUUAUAAUUGAUGUGGAACGCGGGAUUGUUUUACCUUGUCUGCCUUUGCAAAAUCUAAAUGAUAAUGACAUGAAAAACAGGGCCCUGCUCAAUUGGACACACAGCAUGGGCUUCCCCAAGACGAUUGUGAUGGACCUUCUUUCUUCACUAAAGUCCGUAUUCCCCAUCAAAACACCUUUGAAGGCUGAUGAGAAGAUUGAAAAGGUUCGUACUUUUUCUACGAAUGACCCUUAAUUAAAAACACUAUUUUCCAGAAGAUCAUGGUAUGGUAUGCGAGGAUCUUCGGGCAUUAUACUGUAUUUGGUAACUCAUUGUUGUCAACCCGAAACCGCAAAAGAUUGGCUAUGGCCCAUCCAUCUCCAGAAACCAGAGAAAUGCUGCAAUGGUUCACAGAAACGGGAAUCCUUCAGUCUUUCUUCUUCAACCAGGUAAGAACAUAACAUCCAAUUGCUACCUUUCAUUUGGGGCAGAUUUCUUUCGGGGGCACAUCGGCUAUCGGCCCGAUAUCUAUAUCCAAUAUAGCAAAAUUUUUUAUAUCGCUAGCCAACGGGGCCCCGUUGGCCCGCGGGGGUUAAUGUUCACAUGCCAUGACCAAGCUCGCGACCGAGGUCAAACGUGGAUGUCCAAAAUGUUCUCAGAAUAGUGACACUUCCGGAAUAGCGGAAAAAUCAAAGAUAAGGCUUAGACCUAUCAUCUGAAUGGAUUGAUCGUUAUUAACAUCCAAAAUUUUUUUAUAAUAAUUUUUUUUUCUGAUUGUUAAUUUUUUUAUGUAGUAGUGUUAAAAAGUAAUUUUGACAUUUUUCUAAAAAUAUUCGAUUUAGGGGUUUUCGAGGGUGCUGAUUUCGAAAAUCAUGUUCAUUUUUUCUGCACUUUACUAGCUCGCGACCUAGGUUGUGACUGAGGUCAAAGUUGCCUGAAAUUACCCGAAAAUGGUCUCAAUGCUUGACUAUGACGGUCACGACCUAGGCCUAGGUCACGAUUAAUGUCCAAAAUCCUCUGAAAAUAAUGUUACUAGUUGUUCAAAAAAAUCUUGGUGACCACCUGACCUAAAUAGAGUGUCUUGACCAUCACAGUCAAGCAUGGAGACCAUUUUCGGGCAAUUUUAGGCAACCUCUUUGACCUCGGUCACGCCCAAUCAGAAAAAAAUUUAAAAAAUUUCCGAGGUCAAUCUAUUCAGAUGGUUCAGAUGAUAGGUCUAAGCAUUAUCUUUGAUUUUUCCCCGGUUCCGUCACUAUUCCGCCAUUCCGGAAGUGUCAAAAUUCCGGAAAUAUCGCGGUGCCUUAGGCAACUACCUUGACCUUGGUCACGACCUAUACCUGGAGCUUUUUUGCUUAAUGGACCUUUUUGUCCCUAGCGGUUAUUAUAUGAAAUCCAAAAAAAAUGUUUUUGUUUGGAAAGCCGGAAUUUUUUUUUGCCUGUCAUGCCAGCUCAAUGGCUAACGAUGCAAACAAUUUUGCGAUAUUGGGUAUAAAUAUUGGGCCAAGACAUCUGCCCCAAAUGAAAGUUUGCGCAUCCAAUUUGAAAUAUUGCUUUAGACCCAACGAAACAGCUUUUCGUCAGCGAUAGAUCGGUUUGAGAAGAUACGAAAGAAAUACGCCCCUCCGGUGGACAAGAAUGGGAAAAGGAAAAAGGCCCGAUCACUGGUUUGGCGGAUAUUCCAUCAUUAA